AUGGCUGUUAAGCUUGAAUCACGCCGUCGUUGGUUGAAAUUUGGAAUAAAAGUGAAUUUCAGUGGAAUUCACAUGAAUUAUUAUUCUGCAUGGCUCUAUGCUACAAAAGACGACAAGGAUUAUAUACAGUAUUCGAAUCACCCUGAUCUCACAAAUGGCGAUUUCCCAGUCACAAAUAAUGCUAGUUUGUGUUUGCAAAGUAACGCCGCAGACAGUGAACAUACUCCUGAUUCCCAAGCCACGGAUGGCCACAAGCGAAAACGCAAGAGAAUGAGCAUUUUUUACGUGUCUCAGCUCGCAGUUUCGAAAAAAAUACGAACCCGACUAGAACUUCUUGCUUUGGCAAAUGAGCAGAAGAGAGAAGGGAAAAGUGAUUUGGCCCAGUUCAUUGCCAAUUGA